AUGUGGAGCAUCCACAACCGACUCGAUAUAAUCGCCAAAUACGAAGUCUUGGAGCGCGUUGGCUUCAACGCGUACUCUGAUGUCUACAGAGCCCGCCGGCUAUCCGAUAACCUCGUCGUCGCUCUCAAUGAGGUCCACGACUACCAGUCUGCAUUUUGCAAAAUCGAGGACCUCGAGAUCCUGCAAAAUUCACUGAAUGUCGUCAUUCUUCACGAGUACCUCUGGUGGGAGGAUGGGAACAAAGAUGUGGUCCUCGUAUUGGAGUACCUAAGGAUAGACUUGGCAAGGGUGGUCAGGGAAGCAAAGAGAGACGACUGUGGGAUUGGGAUCGGCGAUUUGAAGAGGUGGAUGGUUCAGAUUCUCUACGGAGUGGAUGCCUGUCACAAAAAUGGGAUCGUGUUUCGGGAUUUAAAACCCGAUAAUUUGUUGGUAUCGAAUGAUGGAGUGCUUAAGAUUGCUUGCUCAAAUUGCUCUUCUGGUCUCGCAUGGAGCUCGCAUGAAGCAGAAUUUCUGGAAACAAAAUAUGUGAUUAUAGUUUCAGCUUUUCUUCUUCGUUUCAUUUUUUUUAAAUGGCUUACGUGGCACACUAACUGCACGCCGUCUAUUUAA